UUAUAGGACGAUCUUUUGUUUAAUUUGUUAUAACUUAUAUAUAUUAUUUAACUAUAUAUUGUUUUUCCAUAUUUUAAGAUUUGUCUCUCAUUUCUUCCAAGAAAGUUAUUGUUUAUGCUUAAAGAUGCAAGACCAUAAAAUACAUGAAAAAAAAAAAAUUGGGCACAAGAUAUAUUUUUAAUCUUUUUAACCCGAACAAAAUAUUUUUAACCUAAAUAAUGACGGAAUCACACGGCUACCUUACACCUUCCACACAUUCUUAAUCCUUCUUUGUGGCCACAUCACAAGCUACCACAAACACUAAUCACGUUUUGUAGUAUAUAUACAUGGAGAGAGAGGAAGGUAUAGUUUCAGACAGUAACAGACUAACAAACAGUACACAACGGUAUUAUGUUGGUAACAGAUCAAAGAGCAGAGAGAUCAGAGUCGAAACAUAUGAAGAAAGGAUCUUGCAAGAGUCAUAGAUUCACCAAUAUGAUGGAGAAGUGGAGGAAGUGUAAGAAAGGACACUUCUCUGUGUACACCAGAGAAGGCAAAAGGUUUGUUUUGCCGUUGGAUUAUCUGAAACAUCCAAUCUUUCAGGUCUUACUGGAGAUGGCGGAGGAAGAGUUCGGUUCCACAAUUUGUGGCCCUUUAAAGGUUCCUUGCGAUGGAGGUUUGAUGGAUCACAUCCUCAUGUUGCUCAGAAUGAAGAGUUUGUCUAGCCAUGGUGGUGAUGAUGAUGAUGUGAAGAAGAAGAACCAUGAUGUGUCAUGCAAAGAAGCUUCAUCGGUUUCAUAUUUCUUCCCUCUCUUUCGCUGCAACGCAGCCCAUGAUCAGACCAAGCUUCAGUCUCUAGUUUUUUAACACUUUUAUGCGUUGUGGAGAACGCUUUUACAAAGAAAGUUUAUUUCUGUUUGUACAUAUAUAUAUAUAGAGAAACAGAGAUUCUGUAUAAGCCUUGCAGUUUGCUAAAUCAAUAUUCAGUUUUGACA